GCAGUCUUUCGAAAAUUGGGCUACUAUUAAGUGUAUUGCUCAGGCUUUUCAUGGGUUUUUAAUGUUCUACCGUCAUUUAACACCUUAUAUUUUCGUCUGCGUCGAAAUUUCAAAGCUGUUUCUAUUUUGAGUGCGUUUUCUAAGAAAUCUGGUAUAUCAGGGGCAUUACGUCUAGCAGAUUUUUGGAUUUCAUAAGGUUUGUAUACAGACAUGAGUUGCAUUCCAGCCAUGAGCUUGCGGUUUUGAGAGUUUUAUAACUUCAAUUUGCUUGUUGAUCGAUAAAAUGUUAAUAUUUUCCUCAUAACGGCAGGUCAUUACCUGCCGUUCACUUUUAGUAAAUUUAGCGUUUGUACCUAGUAUUCUAUAAUUAUAAUCUCGUAUGUUGGUAGAUUGAUUGAUGUUUUUGGUGCUGAUGUUUUGAAGGACGGUGAAAGCCUCAAUCACAGCUGAAGUCUUAAAACUAUCUUUCACGAGGACACCACAAGAUUUCACGAGCCUAGAACAAAUUAGUCAGAUGACUAUCGACUUUCCCACUGAACCAUUAACCAGUAGAAUUCACUACUUCAGUACGUGAUUGGAGCUUCAUCUGCCGACUCUUGCCACGGCUAACACAGGCCAUCAAACUUAUUUUUUCCAAACUGGAAAUUAAACGAGCGAUUUAUUAUAUACCGCCUAAGUCUCAUGUGUUUUGAGUUCAGUUGUUAUUUUCCGUUUUCUAUGUAAGUUUGUGUAAUAUCAUCUAUAAGCACUUUUUCUCUAUGAAUUUAUUGAACACUAUCGUUUAUAUUCCAGUCCUCUUAGCAUUCUGUCGUGAUAUCAUUGUAUCUGAUCAAAAGGAAGUGAUUGUUUCGUUUUUCUCCUUGAUUGACGAUGUUGGAGGUGAGUUGUCUGCAUAAAAUUAAGCUUCAAAAUCCUUAGUGUGCAGCACCCGGAGUUGAGGAUGCUAACGUAUGGGGUCUCAUAAGUUUAAAGAAAGGUGAUAAAAAAACCCAAAGGAAAAUUCUGAAUGAGUUCCACAGGCGCAACAAAGUGUUGAAUGAAACUGAUGAGAUUCAGGAUGCAAGACAAGCCAGAAGAAUAGCUUUCAGAGGAAUUAAACGUCAGCUUAAUCUGUGGAAAGGCCCAGUACAUAAAAAUCGUCUUGCAGAACAAAUCGUUUUUCCAAUAAAUGACAGAGAAAUCGUUAUGUCAGCCUCCCAAGAGGCUGCAAAAAUGAAAGAGCAAGUUUAUGUCAAGGAUACUAUAAAAGAUUCGACAAAUUUACAGGGGAAAUUAUAUAGUGCACUGUAUAGAGAUAUGGACACAAGUACACCUCAGGAAGAAAUUCCAGAAAAGGCAGCGAAGAUAGUUUCCAAGAUGCUACUGGAAAAAAUCGCUAUGCGUGACAGAGAACGUUUCUUACUUGCUCGAGCUGCUGCUCGUAACAAGCGUCAAAAUAAAAUCAAAAGCAAACGAUUUCAUCGUCAUUUGAAGGCACGUACUAUGAAGGAAUAUGAAAAAGAAACGGAGUCAUUACGGAUCAAUAAUCCUCGAAAAUUUGCUGAACGUCUUAUCAGUGCCGAAUUAAGUAGAGUCAAAGAAAGAGCCAGUCUGAAACAUAGAGGUGGUAGCAAGUUUGCAAAAUUACAGAAGUUGAGAGCAAAGUAUGACUCUGAGGCUAGAGCAGCUGUAGCAGACAUGCACGAGUUAUCUAGGGAGACCACAAGAAGGACUGAUCCCGACCUUCUAUCUGAUACUGAUGAAUCUGAUGUAUCUUUAUCAUCUGAAUCUGAGGGGGAAUCAGAAGGGUCUGAUUUUAAUUUAGACGAUGAUGCCGACGAGGAAGUUAAUGGAGUUACUCAAACCCUCGGCUGGUGGAAAAAGAGCUCAACCAAGAACAAAUCGAACAACGAACAUCAGACAACUGUUGGAGCUGUGCUUUCCACUCAGGCAGCUGAAGAAGUACUAGAAAAAUAUGAAGUCAAUCAGAUGAUUUUAAGUGAACCAGUAGUGUGCAAUACUAUUGUGGCUGCAGAACCAGAUGUAGUUGAUCCCAAUUCAGAGGGGUUUUUCCAUGCACUUCAAGAAAGCUUUGCAAAUGAUCCUGCAUUACAACAGAAGUUUUCCGCAGAGAAAUCUGAAACUGUGAAAGAUGAAGCACCUCAAGAUAUUGAUACAUUUCUGCCUGGAUGGAAUUCCUGGACAGGUCCAGGAACUGAAAAGGCUGAUGAAAGAAAGCGGAGAUCCAGAAUUAUACCUGCUCCUAGAGUAAAACGUGAAGAUGACAAAAAACCUCACGUAAUCAUCAAACGGCGUGUAAACCAAGAUUUCAAGCAACACUUGGUAUGUCAUAUAUAUAUAUUCAUGAAUGUAUUUGUUUUUUUGCAACCGUCCGUUAAUUUUUUCCACUUCAAUCUUUGCUAGGUAAAAACUAUUCCGUUCCCAUACAACACACCAGAACAAUUUGAAGCUUUUAUCUCUCAGCCUAUUUGUAGAGAAUGGACAACAGAACUUACACAUCGUGAACUAACAAGGCCCAAAGUUACAGUUCAGUCAGGUCGUAUUAUCAGACCAAUAUCAAAGUCUGCAGCCUUACUACGUGAUAAAGAUAUAGAGCGUUUUGUUAAACAAAACAAAAACUCUUAGUAUCCUGUACAUUACUUAUCUUUUUAUGAGUUAUCAAUGUCUACAUUGUAAUAUGAAAUAUAACAUUCGUAGAUUGUUCA